AUGGCGUCUUCUAAAGAAAUGUGCGAGACAUGUCUGUUUGAUACAAAAAAUAACGAAGCGACGUUAUUUUGUGUGGAUUGCAAUGAACCACUUUGUGAUGGUUGUGGGGCCGUCCAUCGAAAGCAGCGCCUAAGUCGUCACCACAAACUGUUUGACAUCGGCAAUGCACCACCAACUGAAGUGCUGGCUACACUCAGGGCGCUGACGGCCUGCCCAAACCACCUGGCAGAGGAAGUGGAGUAUGUGUGUCGCGAGCACGACCAGUUAUGCUGCAGCAAGUGUGCAAACACUGUCCACCGCAAGUGUGACCAGUUAGAAACAAUUGCAGACCUUAUGGAUAAACCGAACGCCAACGAUACUAAACCCAUUGUUGAACUCGGAAAGUUUAAAGACUUCGCAAAGGAAAUGAAAGAUCACGAGAGUAAGCAUAAAGCAGCAAUCGAAGAGUCUGUUACAGAGACUAAUACAAUACUCCAGCAAACACAGGCAAAACUUAAGGAGGCAUUGGAAGGGCUGAACGCCAGGAUAAACCGUGAAAAGGAACUACAGAAAGUUAAACUGAUAAAGCAUUCCGAAAAACAGGACCUCGCUAUACAGAUCUUUGAAAGAAAAGUCGAAGAAGAAAAAGAAAAGAUGGAAUCGGUUUCAAAACACGGCCAACCCGUUCAUUGCUUUCUGUUAGGCAGGGAAAUGAAGAAAUCCACCUUGGUCGCACUGAAAAAGAGCGCGUCUGAAAUAAAAGAAAGCGCGAGUCAGCAUGUGCUUGUUUGCACACAUUCUAAAUCUUUUGAUGACCUUGAAAGACAGAUUGGCUUGUGUUUAGAGAUGGGUGUGAACGCACUACCGGUGUGUCAAGUCGGCAUUCCAUACGUGCCCAACACAUUAUCACAGGAUCCAAUCCAAAUUGGUACGAUAGAAUUGCGUGCAGCUAAAAAACAUGAUUCCCAAAAUGACGGUUUUAGAAGAGCUAGCGCUAUCAGACUACAGAAGAGAAUGACUCCACAAGCAGACAAAAUACCCGGGCAGUGUUCCCUUGUAUGGAUAUAUGGAUUUUUGAUUUUAUUGGAUGAACGACUGAGUGAAAUACCUGUCGUAACCUGGCCUGAAAAGCGCAUUUAUUGUAAACAAAUAGGUGAUAUAAUCCCAGAGUUUUAUACCAAUAAUGCUACUGAGGAAUGUUGCAUUUCUGAUCUUAAUGGAGCAGACUUUACCUACUGUAAUUCGCGAUUCAAAAAAGUGUUUGUAAUGAACGCAACAGAAACCAACGUAGUCGUUCAAAAGCAAAUACAAAUGCAGGACACAGUCAAUCUGCUAUGUAAAGAUAAGGACAGUGGGUGCAUCGUUGCGCUUUCCAAGCGGCGUUCCACUCUCAUGCUUUUGUCCACAGACGGGAAACUGGUAGGCGAGUUACCGGCGGGCCAUUCACUAAACACAUAUAUAAACGACGCAGGCAGCAUGGCAUAUGCCAACGGAAUGGUGUAUCUUACAUGUACUACCCAAAACCAAGUCGUCUGCUUCAGCAUCAACGGCUCUUUAAGGUUCACAUACACGCACCAGAAUUUACACCGUCCUGGAGCUGCCGUGGUUGGGCCAAAUAAUACGUUGUUUGUUGCCAGCAGGGGCGGAAACGCCAUUCAUGUCGUUGAUGCAGACGGGAAGCAAGUUAAACAACUCCUGCAUGGAAAGAUAGAAGCACCGUGUGCAUUGGCAUUUGACAAUCGCAUGGAACAAAUGGCUGUUUUGCAAGAAAAUGAUGUCAUCAAAAUGUUCAAGUUCCAAUAGAUUGUAAAAUAUACGAUACGUUUACCACAUGACCAUGUUCUGUAAAUAAUAGAGUUCUAGUACUGCGUUUUGAUCCGGGAAGUUGUAUUCGACCUUAGUGUUUUCGGAAGGCGCUAGCCGAGUGAAAUUAAAAUCUGCAAAAAUCAACCGGAGUCAAAUUCAACAUUUAAUUCCGAAUCAAAACACAAUGCUAAUAACCUUCUUUUCUUUUUGGACUCCUAAAUGGUGAUCUUUUUUUCUUAAAUCACAUACUAAUUAUAAACAUGACAACUAUUUGACAUUGAAAUCAUGACAUACAGUUAACUAUUUCAUCUUUAAAUAUUGCAUAUGUAUGAGACAACUAUUACUAAUUUUUAAACAAAAUAUUCGUAGACGAUUUUUAAUUUCACAAUUAUUUUUUUAGAAGAGGACAAUGAAUACCUUUAUUUUUAUAAUAGUGUUUGAAUAAUUAUAAGGUCAGCAUUUAUUAAUGCACAUAAGUUAAUACGUUGAACUAUUUGAGACAGAAUAGGGUUGAUUAUGUUAUACUCUUGAUAAUCAAUUUUAUAUCCAAUUAUAAGUUUUUCGAGGCAAUUAAUCAGUUUAUGUAUAUUACAAUGUUUGAAGCUGUCAUUUAUUUUCGACCAAAAAUGAGAAAAAUACGAGCAAUUUAUAAGAAAGUGGUCUUAGUCUUCUAUACUAGGUUAUAGUGAUUACAAAGAAGACUUGCUGAGAUAUUCCAGGGGAAUAGGUUUAGAUUUGUGGCCAUGAUGUUAUGUAAUAGUUUUAACUUGAACUGUUUAUCUUUAUUUUUCUGGAAUCAUUCUAUUUAAAUUGAAAUAUUAUGGUCGUCAGUUGAUUGGUUUGUUGUAAGUUACCUGCCAGUAUUUAUGUAUA